GUCAAGCUUCCUGACCUUUUACUGAGUAUUUGAUAUAUCAAAUGUUGAGCUUCAAAACAAGAGAAAAUAUAUAUAUAUAUAUAUAUAUAUAUAUAUUGUAGAGAUGCAUGCACAACACUAACCUUUAUUGACAUUAAUCAAAAUUUGGAAAAUUUUAAGAUAAAUAUUUAAAUGUAUAAUUGUUGAAAGGUUCAUAACAAGUAUGCAUUAUAUGCAUAUGUAUGUGUAUGUUUUGUGUAUAUCCCUUAUUUUCUUUUUCUUUUUUUCAGGUGAUACUCCAACUUCAUAUUUCAAAAUUUAAUGGAAGGAAAAUUCAAAUUGUAACAAAAAAAAACUUAUAUUGUACAUAUGAAUCAUGGUGAUGGUUUUUAGAAAACCAUGACUUAGAAAAACAUGUUUCAAAAAAUAGAAUUGUAAUCAAAUUUUGAUUUUUUUAAAACAAUAAUAAGUAUAUAUAUAUAUAUAUAUAUAUAACAAAACAAAACAAAAACAAAAACAAACAAACAACAAUGGAAGUAUCAACAACAAAAUCAAAGUGCACCACAAGUUUAUAUUGUGGAAAUCUUUGAAACAGUUGUGAAAAAGCCCACCUUGUUAUUCAACAUGGCAAGUUUAUAUGAUAUUGGCGUUUCUGCUGUGAUCAAUUGUACCAUCAUGUCAUUGCUUUUUAUUUUUUUCCUUGUUUUCAACAUUCAACCAUUAAAUGAUCGUGUCUAUCAUCCAAAGUUGUAUAUGAAAGACGCUCAAAGAAAAGGGAGCCCAUCAAGCAGAUCAAGUCAUCCAAAGAUGGAUCAAUAUUUUGAAACCAAAUGUCUACCAUACCUUCAAUCUUUUGCGUGGAUUGUAGAAGCUUUCCGCAUGUCUGAACAUCAAAUCAUUGAUCACGCAGGAUUAGAUGCUGCUAUUUUUUUACGUAACAUCCAAGUUGGAUUAAAAAUAUUUAUUCCUUUAAUGACUGUGGGGCUAUCAACUAUUGUGACAAUCAACGUUGGGGGUGGUUAUUUAAAGAGUUUGGAUCAUGGAAAAGUUGCAAACAUCAACAACACACUUAAUUCAUCACCCACAAAUUCAUUAUUAUUCACUGAUAUUGAUAAACUUUCUAUAGCAAAUGUGCCAAGUGGAUCCAGUAGAUUGUGGACACAUCUUGUCAUGGCUUAUGUAUUCACAGCUUGGACUUGUGUGGUUCUGUAUAAUGAGUAUAAAACAAUAUCACUUAUGAGAUUGGAAUUUCUACGCAGUGCUCGUCGACAAGCAAAUCAGUUCACGGUACUUGUUCAUCAAGUCCCUAAAUCAACUGUAGAAUCUAUAAAUAUUCAAGUCCAAAAAUACUUCCGAGCAAAUCAUCCUGAUUUUUAUCUUUCUCACCAGCUAGUCUACAAUGCAAACCGUUUGGCUAAUAUUGUCAAAAGACGAAAAAACAAAGAAAACUGGUUAUCAUAUUGGCAUUUGAGAUUUAAGGCAUCAAAUGAGAGACCAAUGACAAGGCGUUAUGGAUGUGGAAUGUGUGGAACAAUGGUUGAUGCCAUAAAUCUAUACACCACCAAGAUUGAAAAAUUAAACAAAAAGGCAGAACUUGAAAGAGUGGCGGUUCUUCAAGACGCAUCAAGCACCAUGCCAUCCGCAUUUGUGUCAUUCAAGACUCGAUGGGGAGCGGCAGUUUGUGCGCAAACCCAACAAAGCUUUGAUCCCACCAAGUGGAUCACAGCGUGGGCUCCCGAGCCCCGUGACAUCUAUUGGCCAAACUUGGCUAUUCCGUACAUCAAGUUGGCUUGCCGAAGGGUGUGUGUGGGCAUUUGUUUGUUUGUGUUGGUGUUUUGUUUCAUGAUUCCAAUCACAAUUGUGCAAUCAUUUGCAAGCAUUCAAGGGCUUCGGACUCAAUUUCCUCAACUUGAGAAAGUACUCAAAAUAACGUAUUUUGCAUCAUUUGUUCAAGGAUAUUUACCCGGAGUCAUUUUGAAGUUUUUUAUGAAGUUGGUGCCAUAUAUGGUUCGAGGUUUAACAAUCUUUGAAGGCCAUUCUUCCUUUUCUAGACUUGAUCAGCAAGGAGCAAUGAAAUAUUAUUAUUUCAUGGUGGUUAAUGUGUUUUUUGGAAGCAUGCUUACAGGGUCUGCAUUGGAACAACUUCAAUCCUUCUUAAAUUCAUCAUCUGUUGUUCAGUUUUUGAAAACUCUCGCAUAUACGAUUCCCAUGAAAGCAACAUUUUUCAUAACGUUUAUCAUGGUGGAUGGUUGGGCUGGGGCCGCAUCAGAAAUUUUGCGUCCGUGGGGUUUGUUGUCCUACCACAUACAGAAUGCAUUUUUUGUUCAUACUGAGAUGGACAAGGUUCGGGCUAUGGAUCCAGGUCCUAUUAUAUAUUACGUCAACUUGGCACAACUCCAACUCUAUUUUCUCAUGGGAUUAGUAUAUUCAGUUAUAACUCCCAUUAUAUUACCGUUUGUUGUUGUAACAUUUGCCAUAAAUUAUGUUGUUUACCGGCAUCAGGUGAUCCAUGUUUAUGAGGCCGCCUAUGAAAGUGCGGGGUCAUUUUGGCCUUUUGUUCAUGGACGAAUCAUAGUUGCACUUUACAUUGAACAAUUAAUGUUGAUUGGAUUAUUUCUUGUUCAAGGACCCAUUACAUUUAAAACUAUACAUGUCAGUGAUGACGAUUCACUAAAAGAAAAGGCUUUGAAAUUUUGCCAACAAGCAAUGAGUUCCACACCUUUUGUUGUUGCUUUGCCAAUAUUUACAUAUAUUUUUCACCGAUAUUGUAAAACCCGAUUUGAACCAUGCUUCCUAAAAUUCCCUUUGGAGCAUGCAAGUAAAAAAGACAUGGAUGAUAGAACUAGAGAUCCCAACUUCAACAUGUCAGAAUUUAUCCAAAAUUCCUACAAACAUCCAGAUUUUUUGGAUGAAAGGGUUCUACAAGAGAUUAGAAAAGAAACUCAACUGCCCACAAAAAUUCAGACCAAACCCCAAAAACACAAAAAUGAGAUGUUGGACAACACAGUUGACAUUCCCAACAUGGUAGAGGGCACGUUUGUUUGCAACAACAAAUUCAUCUCUUGAAUAAAUUUAACUAAAAAUAAUGUGUAAUUAUUUCCUUGAUAUGAUAAAAAUAUUGAAUGUUUAAAAUUA